CCGGCAGUUGUCGGGUCUUAUUGGCCGCUGUGUAGACCAGCUGGAGUCCGCUAGCCCUGGGCAGCAGGGAGGCUGCUGCGUCCGGUGAACACAUCAGCACCUGUAGCACAGAAGGGCCAAGGAGCAGCGGUCCUCGACCAGCCGGGGGUUUGCUCCUCAGCCCACUCUGCUGCAUCCAGAUCAGCUCACCCCUCUUCCUUCCCUGCCCACCGGAACUCUGAUAGCCCAUUUUGCCAAGAUGUCCAGGGUAGCCAAAUAUCGCCGGCAGGUGAGUGAAGACCCCGAUAUCGACAGCCUGCUGGAGACCCUGUCUCCCGAGGAGAUGGAGGAGCUGGAGAAGGAGCUGGACGUGGUGGACCCAGAUGGGAGUGUUCCCGUGGGGCUGCGGCAGAGAAACCAGACGGAGAAACAGUCCACGGGUGUGUACAACCGGGAGGCCAUGCUCAACUUCUGUGAAAAGGAGACCAAGAAACUUAUGCAGAGGGAGAUGUCCAUGGAUGAAAGCAAGCAAGUGGAGACCAAGACAGAUGCCAAGAAUGGAGAGGAAAGGGGCAGAGAUGCCAGCAAAAAAUCCCUGGGCCCCAGACGGGACUCAGAUCUGGGAAAGGAGCCAAAAAGGGGUGGUUUAAAGAAGAGCUUCUCUAGAGACAGAGAUGAAGCUGAUGGCAAGAGUGGUGAGAAGCCCAAGGAGGAGAAGAUCAUCCGGGGCAUUGACAAGGGCCGGGUCAGGGCUGCAGUGGAUAAGAAGGAGGCAGGGAAGGAUGGGAAAGGAGAGGAGAGGGCAGCGGCCACCAAGAAGGAAGAGGAGAGGGCAGCGGCCACCAAGAAGGAGGAGGAGAAGAAAGGGAGUGACAGGAACACAGGCUUGAGCAGGGACAAGGAUAAAAAGAGAGAGGAGAUGAAGGAGGUGGUCAAGAAAGAGGAAGAUGAGAAGGUAAAAGGGGAGCGUAGGAAUACAGACACUAGAAAAGAGGGUGAGAUGAAAAGAGCAGGUGGGAACACAGACAUGAAAAAGGAGGAUGAGAAGGUAAAAAGAGGAGCUGGCAACACAGACACCAAAAAGGAAGAUGAAAAAGUCAAGAAGGAUGAACCCUUGCAUGAAAAGGAAGCCAAGGAAGAGAGCAAGACCAAAACGCCCGAGAAACAGACGACCGGGGGCCCCACCAAGCCCUCUGAGGGACCGGCCAAGGCGGAGGAGGAGGCAGCUCCCAGCAUAUUUGAUGAGCCUCUGGAGAGAGUGAAGAACAAUGACCCCGAGAUGACUGAGGUGAACGUCAACAACUCAGACUGCAUCACAAAUGAAAUCUUGGUCCGCUUCACCGAGGCUCUGGAGUUCAACACUGUGGUCAAGGUGUUCGCCUUGGCCAACACGCGAGCGGAUGACCACGUGGCCUUUGCCAUUGCCAUCAUGCUCAAGGCCAACAAGACCAUCACCAGCCUCAACCUGGACUCCAACCACAUCACAGGCAAAGGUAUCCUGGCCAUCUUCCGGGCCCUCCUGCAGAACAACACGCUGACCGAGCUCCGCUUCCACAACCAGCGACACAUCUGUGGAGGCAAGACAGAGAUGGAGAUCGCCAAGCUGCUGAAGGAGAAUACUACCCUGCUCAAGCUGGGCUACCAUUUUGAGCUGGCUGGGCCCCGAAUGACCGUCACCAAUCUGCUCAGCCGCAACAUGGACAAGCAGAGACAAAAGCGGCUGCAGGAGCAAAGGCAGGCACAGGAAGCCAAGGGAGAGAAGAAGGAUCUGCUGGAGGUACCCAAGGCGGGGGCUCUGGCCAAGGGCUCCCCAAAACCUUCACCUAAACCAUCUCCAAAGCCCUCUCCAAAGAACUCACCCAAAAAAGGGGGUGCUCCAGCUGCCCCACCCCCCCCUCCCCCACCCUUGGCUCCACCCCUCAUCAUGGAGAACCUGAAGAACUCACUCUCACCAGCUACUCAGAGGAAGAUGGGAGACAAAGUCCUCCCUGCCCAGGAGAAGAACUCCCGUGACCAGCUAUUGGCCGCCAUCCGCUCCAGCAACCUCAAGCAGCUCAAGAAGUUAAGUAGUUACAGGCAUGAGCCAACAGGGCAAGGCUGGGUAGGGCCUGGAGGAGAGGGCAGGACUGCAAAAGGGAAUGUGUCGGCUGCAGACAACACAAACCCUCAGGCCCAUAGGGGACUGCAGGUCAUCUCAUGCAUCCUCCUGCUUACAGGCAGGCCACACCUGUACAUACCCUAUUACCCCUCCCUUUUUUUUUUUUGGAGAUGGAGCCUGUUGUCCAGGCUGGAGUGCAAUGGCAUGGUCUCCAUUCACUGCAAUCUCCAUCUCCCGGGUUGAAGUGAUUCUCCUGCCUCAGCCUCCCAAGUAGCUUGGAUUACAGGCACCUGCCACCAUGCCCAGCUAAUUUUUGUAUUUUCAGUAGGGACAGGGUUUUACCACAUUGGCCAGGCUGACCUUGAACUCCUGAUCUCAUGAUCGGCCCGCCUCGACUUCCCAAAGUGCUGGGAUUACAGGCAUGAGCCACCGGGCCUGGCUGACUCUACUCUUCCUUUAAGGAGCUUCCUUUAGCCCCCCCACUCCAUGCUUCUCUUUCAUCCUGCAGUUAAGCCUGUUUCUCCUUGAAAUGGAGAAAUGGCCUCUACAGAGCAGUUUUGCCUCGGGUCCUUCCUUUAAGUCUUCUCUUCUCCAUUCCCCCAGACGAAGAUUAUCCAUGUUUUACUCAGCCUCCUCUCAGGAGCAGGAGUCCUACAGGUCACUCCAUCUAAACCGUCUCUGGGAGAUUCACCUCUCAGGAGAGUCUGCCUUUGUCUAGCCAGUGCUAUGGACACAGGAGCCAUUCCUGGACACCCUACUUCUCAAAGCCCUGCCUCCCCUGGAAGUCUGGCCUGGGUGACAGAGUCCAUAACCAUUUGUCCAUUUGACUGGAUACCUGCCCCCCACAUCAUCUGGGACAAGACAUCAUGAGAUAAAGGACAACCUCAAUUGUAAUUCCAGUGGUCACUCGAUGACAUUCAAUUUUUACAGACAAGGAAAAAUGCUCCCUUAGUGUCAACACCUCAUUCACAUUCCACAGACAUAACACAUUGUAGUGUCUGGUGUGUCCUUCCAGUAGGGAGGGAGGUGAGGUGGCUGAGCUCCCUUCUCUAACCUGGCUCUUCUUUGCCCCUACAGGUGGAAGUGCCGAAACUGCUUCAGUAGGACCAGGCUGCCAGGCACCAUCUGCCAAUGCCAUGACUGCUCAGGCCUCACCUCCCAGGGCUACACAGACCCUGCCCACCCCGUCCCUGGCUGACCUGCUGUGGAUGUCCCUAUUCUGCCAUGGGAGAGUCGAGGCCUAGGUCACGCUCAAGGAAGGAUGCCUUAUCUCUUCUCACUUUCCUGUUCUUGUCUCUGAGGCUCUCCACAUUUUUCUUUUGUACCUGGAGCUCAGGUUUCCAGACAAGAAGAGUCCUUUUAGCACAUCGCUGAGAAGAUGGCACUGUCCAGGGCCCAUGUAGUUGGCAAGCUGCAAAAGGCCUGUGAUCCAGGAAAGAUGUCCCACAGGGACCACAUCCACCCCAGCCCCACUGCCCUCCAGGGCCAGGAUUCAGGCCUCUGAGGAGCCCAUGGGCAAAGCCGCUGGGCCAGUGGCACUCUGUGUGGGACAAUGGCAGAAAGAUGGAGAGGCAUGGGGGCCCAAAGGGGAGUGUGGGGAGGGGCUGAGGAUACCCCAAAGCCCAGGCCAUUCAGAGGACAUGGCAGGGGCAGUGGCCUGAAUGGACAGUGCCUGGUGGGUAGUAGGCUCCAGAUAGGAGGAGUGGGACAGACAGCAGCUGGACUUGAAGGUUUCAUGCCAAAGCAGACACUUUCCUCAUACCUACCUGCUAUUGUAUAAAUAGCUGUGUAUCUGUUUUUCCAUAAGAUUUUGAUAAUAUAUACAAACCUUUAGCUGUGAAUGGCUAUGCCCUACCUGCUGUCCUGAACUGUGAGUCCUGAUCCUAACCCUGGACUUCCUGGAGCUCACGUCCCCUGCCACACGAUUUGAGUUGGCCGUGAAAUAAAUUCACAUUUUCAGAAAGUACAGCAUGGAGGAGAAUCUGAACUCUGAGCAGAAGACUCUCCACUGACCUGGUUGUCUAGGGCUAGAAGGCCUCUACCUGCUCCUGAACCAGUCCUGCUGCCUGGAGUCAGUAGCCAGAGCUGUUCUCAGGGGUGCUGGGGCAGAGUGGAGCCCAGGGCACCGGGAAGGCUAUAUUAGGCAUGUUCAGGGAUGCUCAUUCCGUGACUCUGCCUAACCACAGGCUCAGGGCCAGGUCUUCACAACAGUCACAGGCCCAGGAAGGCAGCCGGCAAAGAAGUGGAGUGACUGUUUGGGGAGUAGCUCCCAUACCCGUGUGCCUUAAGGCUCAGAGGGUCCUCAUCUUCCCCAGCCCUCCCCACCUACUCACCAAUUCCGCUUCCUGCCCCAACUGCAGGAAUGCUGACGAUGCUGCCCUGGCCAUUGUCGGGGGUACAUGAAAGGCAUCUUUCUGAAUUUCAUUCUCUUGAAGAUGCUGGCACCCCUUGGCACUGUGGAACUACCACCUUGGGUCUGUGUCACUUGUAGGUUUUUCUACCUCCAGGUUGCCUCAACAGCAGGAGGCACAGCAGUUUCACCAUCUUUGAGGUGAGGGUGGGGUGCCCCAGCUAGGAAGCAAGAUCGCUGUGCUGGGUCUGACCAAAACCAGAAGGCAGUCUAGUCCUGGGGUAAAGCCCUCAGAUCCCAGGGCACACUCUUCCCCAUUCCCUCCAUCUACUUGCCUGUCACUCCAGCCACCUCAGCAAUCACUGGGCCCAGAGGAAAGGAGACAGACACACACUGGCUCCUGGAUCUAAAGGAUAUGAGCUGAGCUAAGGCCGGCUAGAGCUUCCCCUGUCAGCCCCACUGCACCCCCUGUGCCUGCUGGGCGCUGGGCACUAGCUACAUGCUUUAGGUAGCUUCAGCUGAUCCUUCAUCUCUGUGAGGUGGAUACCAAUAGUCUCUCUAUUUUGCAGAUAAAGUUUGGCCCAGAGAAGUUAACUAAUAUAUCCAUGAUCACACAGCUAAUAAAAGGCAGAGCUCA